AUGAUUCUGCAAAUAUUCACUCCGUAUGUGUACGUGUCCGUCCACAGCUGCAUGUUCACGUCUCUACGGCGUGCAUCCACAUCCAAUAACCAGACAUACUACCAGACGCUCCAAUUGCUGCCGCAUGCGUCAUUGAAAGAGAUCAAAAUGCAAUUCAAGAAGCUUCUGAUCAAGUUCCAUCCCGACCAAAAUGCACAUUUGAACGACGAGGAGAAGGCAGCGAAUAACAAUAAGUAUGUGGAGAUGGUGCAAGCCUAUGAGACUCUCAAGGACGCCAAAAGAAAGCGUGAGUACGAUGCGACCCUCACGGGCUCCAGAAGCUCACAGGGUUAUCACUCGCCACGGUCGAGUGCCUCUGAUUGGCACAACAAAUAUUAUGGAGAAGCAAAGUACUAUUCUCGAGGAGGAGCAUCCACUAGUCACACUUCAGCAAGUUACAAUCCCAGACGAAAGGUUUACAAUGCAUACAAAGGGCCGGGAGCAGAUAAACAGGGCAAUUUUUCAGGAGAGCACAGAAACUAUGGUGAUAGAAAUGAUGUACCGCAUUUUGAUUAUAACGAACAUCUCUCAAAACACCUAAAGUUCGAACAGAGGAUUUACGGCAAGCACAUGACAGAUGCAGAGCGUGACGCCAUUAUUAGGCAGCUAACCCGUGACGGAAACGUAAAAAAUGUUAGCGAAGAGUUAAUCACCAAGCACCUAAUGCGAAAUGCCUCCAGAUCUGGACCCCCACGAACUGACUCAUCGCAAGGAUCAGCUAAACACAGCCACUACAUGUAUCAGAAGUACCAAGGAACACAAGAGGAAGAAAUCACAUUGGGGAUGAAAACAGCGUUGAUGUUGGGAGGUGCAGGGUCGGUUUACCUAUUGUACCAUGCAUUGCUAGCAUGA